AUGUCGAGGGUUGUGGUUUUUUUCUUAUUUUUUGUUGCUAUACCAAUUACCAAUGGAUUAAAUCCAAGAAAACUUGAUGAGGUAGAUGAAAACAAGUGUGGAGGUUGUCCUUGUAACAAGCCUUGUGUUCCACCAUCUCCACCACCACCUCCACCAGCUCUUCCACCACCAUCACCACCGCCGCCAAAGAAACCACCAAGUGGCUACUGCCCUCCUCCUCCUUCCGGUGGCGGCGGCGGUGGCGGUGGUUAUGUUCCCGAUACACCAAAUUCACAAUAUAUAUACAUGACUGGUCCACCAGGGAAUUUGUACCCUGUUGACCAUGAUUUUGGUGGUGCAAAAAGGAGCUUUUCUAGUGGAUUUUCACUUUUGAUCGGUGGAUUCUUCUUGGGAUUGCUUUCUUUUUGGUGA